AUGUCCACCUUUGACGGAGUUGUCUCCGAAUUCCCCGGCAUCCAAAUUGAUUACUUUCGCAAGAGCCCCGAACGGCCUCUGCCGCUGGCCUGCUUUCUCAGCCAUGUCCAUAGUGACCAUCUGCAGGGCCUGGAGUCCUUUCGGGCUCCCUUUAUCUACUGUUCUCCAGCCACGCGUGAACUGCUGUUGCGCAUUGAGAAGUACCCACAUCGGAUGAACUUCCACAAGGGCAUUCUGGAAUCUCGCCGCCUGCACUAUAAGCAUCUGGCCAAGUUACUGCGACCAAUCCCCUUGAAUACCCCAACGGAGAUUGAACUGACGCCCCGACGGCGUAUUCGGGUCACCCUUUUCGAUGCUAAUCACUGCUCUGGAGCUGUCAUGUUCCUGAUUGAAGGGAAUGACAAAGCCAUCAUCUACACUGGGGAUAUACGAGCUGAAAAAUGGUGGGUUGACAGCUUGAUGCGGCAUCCUACGCUGAUACCGUAUACUCUGGGCCGUAAACGGCUGGAUAAGUUGUAUCUCGACACCACAUUUGCUCAAAAGUCCAAUCCUUUCCGAGAAUUUCCAUCCAAAGCCGAGGGGCUGGCAGAACUUCUUCGCAAGGUUGAGGCUUACUCGGAUGAUACUAUCUUCUAUUUCCGAGCAUGGACUUUCGGCUACGAGGAUGUCUGGCUGGCCCUCUCGACGGCACUAAGAACAAAGAUCCACGUGGACCGCUACCAGAUGGGACUCUAUCGGUCCCUUGCACAUAUUUCUGGCAGCAGAGGUGUCAGUGAGGGGCCGGCUCUCUGCGGCUUUGACCUGGGUAACAGAGCUGUUUCAGGAUGCCUGAGUGACAACGGGUCCAGCAGGAUUCACAGCUGCGAGCCUGGUGUAUCGUGCCCCGCGGCUCGUGGCCCGAAAACAGUUUACAUCACGCCGAUCAUCAAUCGAACCAAUGAUGGUGCCGAAAUGCCUGAAGUUGGGGCCGGCGGUGGUAUCGGUGAUCUGUAUCAGACUCACGAGCUCGAGUUGCCGGACGAAUCUACUCUUGCUCAAAUCGAGAAGCUAUGUCUCGAGCAUAUUCACGACAAACAACGUUCGUCACAGAUGCAAAAGGCACUCUCGGAGGCGUUCCAGUCGAGAAAGAAAGCCUUGUCACUCGACAGUUACGGUGUCAAGGAGGAAGGCGAGAUUUCUCUCGAGAAGCUCGUGGCUAUGCUCAGUCAAGGAGUAUCCAACCAAAGCUUCAAGCCGGAUCUACCAAACACGAUUCGGUUUCCGUAUUCACGACACUCCUCAUAUUCCGAGCUCUGCGAGCUUGUGGCUGCAUUCCGCCCGAAGGAUAUUCAUCCUUGCACAGUGAACCCAUCUACUUGGAGCCAAACCAUCUCUAUCCGCUCUCUUUUCGGUCACUUAUGUUCGGGGAGCGAAUUUGCACACGAUGAUUUUAUGCGUCAAACUCUCGAGCAGACUGACGAUUAUAAUGAUCAAUACCCUAAGAAGCGAGCCAGAUAUAAGGCAGACACUUCGACGGAGUCCUCGCAAUCCAGUGAUGCGGUGGAAGAAGGCCAUGCGGUUAUGGACGACACAAGACGCAAAUCCCAACCCACGCAAUUACCAAACACCGACCCAGAAAGAGCAAAACGCGACGAAAUUCGAAGAGCACAUCGCUAUCUUCAACACUACGCCGACCCCGAGGCUCUCCAAGUCGGUCCACUCCCGUCUUCAUGGCCAGCAGAUGAAGUCAAUGCCAGCCAAACGCCCUCCCCAAAGACACCCUCAAAAGGACCCCAAGAAUCUAGCUUCGCAUCAUCCAGAGAUGGCGCCUCGUCACCUCAUCCACAAACCCCUCAACCAUCCCAGGCCCAAGAUAGCCAAUACACAGAUCUUGGCCUCUCGAUCUCCGAAUCGGAUUCUGACGCCUCCCCUCCCCCAGAGAUGGGACCGGAUCGAGACCUUGGCCAGGCAACAGAGGAGAGAACCACCAAAGACCGCAUUACACGCAAGCGCGCCCGGGUCGCAGCAUACCUUGCUGCGCGAGAGGACAGCUGGGCUGAGGUCUCCCUGGUAUCGGCGGGAGGUAACCAUGCCGAGGAGGAGAUAGAGUUAUAG